GCGGGCUCCGGGCGGCGCCUCCCGCAGCGGGGCCGAGGCGGCUCUUUCCGUCGGUCGCCGCCGUCGCCGCAGCAUGAGCGGGCCGGGGCUGCUGGGGCCCGGUGGCGGCGCGGGGCUGCCGCCGCUGCCCAAGAGCCUGAGCGGGCUGCUGAACUCCUCCUCCUCCGGCGGCGGCGGCCAGGGCGGGCGCUGGCGGGACCUGGAGCGGCUCUACGCCCAGAAGUCCCGCAUCCAGGACGAGCUGAGCGGCGGCGGCCGGGGCUCGCCGCGGCCGCCCAAGCCUCCCAACCUGGACGCGGCGUUGGCCCUGCUCCGCAAGGAGAUGGUCGGCCUUCGGCAGCUAGACAUGUCAUUACUGUGUCAGCUGUACUCCCUGUAUGAAUCGAUUCAAGAAUAUAAAGGUGCCUGCCAAGCUGACUCUAACGCAGACUGCACAUACGCUCUGGAAAAUGGUUUUUUUGACGAAGAGGAGGAAUACUUCUAGAAGCAGGAAGAUUCACCUCCAGGCUGACCGAGGUUCUUUUGUCCUCCUCUCCCUGUAACACACCUCGGCAAGAACGACUGGAAUCUGUAUGAAUCCCUUUUCCUGAGAAGGAACACCCAGCUACCCCGAGUUGUGUUAAAUUCACUUAUUUUAACAGGCUGUCAGUACAAGUUACUCAUGCAAAUACCACUUGAGGAAAGUGCUGUACUCUAACUUUUUGAAGAGUCCUCAGACAUGCUUGACAAGAGUUUUCAGUUUAAUUUGCAAGGUGGGUGUUUUCAACUUACAAAGGUUGGUAGCUUAUAACUGGAAUUUUAAUCGUAGAAGACAGCAGCGACUUCCUGACUUGUAAUAACUUUGUAAGGGGGGAGGGAAGCCUCCGCUGUGGUGUAAAUAGCUGUAAGUGAUUUUUUUUUUUUUUUUUUGGUCAACGGUAUUGAUAAAUGCAUUUUGAACAGGCAUCUGGAUGCACGCACAUCCUCAGCUCUACUAAGCUAGUUCUGCUCUUAUCAGCUGCAUCCAGUUUUGUACUGGGUGGAUUGUUUACACAGUUUACUUUUUUUUUUUUUCCUCCUUAAGCUAAUUUUGACUUUUCCUUAUUCCUAGCUUACAAGCUGUACAUGCGAUAGUGAAUGU